AUGCCUGAUGUGAUUAUUGCAGCCCCUGAUGGCGCAGAACCUACCUGUGUGCUGCGGACCCGUCCUGCUUCCCUGCAGUGCCACCACCCAGACAAUGAGCUAGGGUGCCACCCGGAUGCCAAGGUUGACGUUGUCCUUGUGCACGGCCUGAACGGCUCCCCCGACAAGACGUGGACAGCGAGCAACGGCACCUUCUGGCCCGUCGACCUUCUGCCGUCGGCCCUCAGGGGGACCCCAGCCAACGUCUUGGUGUACGGAUACAAUGCAGACGUGUACUCGCGCAGGUAUGAUCGCAGCGCCAGCGACAAUUUCAUCCACCAGCACGCCCAGACGCUCGUCACGAGCCUGACCCUGUUUCGCAAGAGCGAGGGGACCUUUCGGAACCCCAUCGUUUGGGUCUGCCACAGCCUGGGCGGCAUCUUGACCAAGCGGGCGCUGCUGUACUCGAAUGACCUGCGCAUGGCACACCAAGAAGACUAUCGCUCCAUCUACGUCUCAACCUUUGGCCUCAUAUUCCUUGGCACGCCACACACGGGGUCGGAUGUGGCCACCUGGGGGCUCGUCCUGCAGAGCAUGUCGGACGCCAUCCUGCCCCGCCGAUUUUUCGAAUCCGAAUCGGUCCUGUUGAAGACGCUCAAGAAGGAUAACGAGACGCUGUCCAAUAUCAACAACCAUUUUUUGGACAUAUAUCAGCGCUUCCGCAUCCACAUGGCACACGAGAACCACAAGUCGGACAUCAAGGGCACAAAAAUCAUCGUCGUCGACGCCAACUCGGCCAGCCCGCAGUUACCGGGGGUGACGUACUACGGCAUCGAGGCGACCCAUGGCAUGAUGUGCAAGUUUGACAGCCCCAGCGCCCCUGGCUUCCGAGCAAUCUCGACAGACAUCCGCCAGUGGGUGCUUGAUGCACCGGCCAUCAUCGCCGUCCGAUGGGAGAUGGAGGAGCAGGAACGAGCCGCGCGCAUCCGGCACGAGCUGCGGGAACGAAUGUCUCCCUACGUGAACCGGCGUUCCAUUCACCCUGGAAUCAGUACCGUAUCUGUCUCCGACGACAUCCAACCACGGGCAGCCCAGCCACUCCGUCUUGAACAUGAUGCUUUCCUGACCGUACCAGCAAGCUCGACGCCUCGAAGUGCGAGCCACUGCUCCAUCAUGUCUCCUCCGAUAUCGACGGAGAAUCCUCCAAUGGUACCGAGGGCGCUGCUUUCACCGGCGCAGGAUGAACUCGUCAUCUUGGAUGGGGGGGAGCGAGUGUACAGGUUGAGGGGGUGA